AUGGCGACUGCCCUUCAGAACCUUACGUCGGGGGUCCGGCACGAAGGUCGAGUCUCUUGGUUCUAUACAAGUGAGGAAAUCAAAGCCCGUAAGAAUCUGGGGCUCGAACCUGCAAGGAACGAGCUUGUCGCUCUGGGAGACAUUGGUAUUUCUGCGCCCAGUCCUUUCGUGGAUUUGGAGACCAUUCGCGAAGUCUGUACCGUUGUGUACGUGAGCGAACGAGUGAGGUCAAUGCCUGACAGCGACGAUCUGGGACGGAGUCAAUUUUUCUGCCGCAAGGGCAUGUCUGUUCGCCGGACGAGAAGGACGGCGUGCCAGUCGCCUCAGAAAAGCGGAGGCGAGUCAUUUCUCUGGGGUAAAACGGCAACUCGACCCAACGAUGUGGCUAUUAACCGCGGCUUGAGAUACUUCGAGGGUUUCACGUGGGAGGGACAGAAGUAUCGCGUAGGUGACUGCGUAUUGAUCGGGAACGGAGCCGAAGAGCCAAACAAAUUAUAUGUAUCUUUAGCGAAACUGGAGGAGCUGUGGGAUUAUGGUGAUCCAUCGCGGACAACUAAAUACGAGGGAAAAGUGUCUUGGUUCCUGAGAUCUAAUGAAAUCAGGAAUGAGACCCUAAAAUCUCAAAUGAAGAAAAAUGAGGUGUUUUCUUCGAGGAGUACCGGUCGCUCUGCUCCUAGCAAGUUGAUCGAUUUGGAGAGUAUUUGUGGUAUCUGUGAAGUGCUCAUAGUGAACGAAGACGUUGAUUCGAUCCCACCGGAAGACCCUUCAGGUCGGCCUCAGUUCUUCUGUCGCUACCAGCAACUUGGGCAUGGAAAGGUGAAGCCUUUAUUUCCUGCAAAUAGCGGCGCACUGAAAACCCCGAAGAAGGCUUCUCAGAAUGGAGCCGACAAACUUGAGAACGAUCCCGGAGCACUGGAUCCUCCUCAGACUCCGAAAACGAGAACGAAACCCGCGCUGAGACAAGAAUCGAAUGGUCGAGAUGCAUCUCCGUCCCUCCGAAAGCCAUUGAUGCCACUUUGUGACUCCAAGCUGAAGGUUUCGCCGAUCAAGGGUUUUCUGAGUAUAAGGAUUCGGAGAUCAGAUGAGGAAAACUGUCGGCUCCACAUGGAAAGGCAGACUCCUAAAGCGCCCGAUACUGAGGAGAAACUCGCUCGCGGUCUUCGACGAAUGGCCCUGACCGGCGAACGAACUCCUCUGGGAGCAGCAAGGAGCAACGGGGCGGAUUCGGUCUCCACACCGAAAAGCUCGAAGUUAGAAAGAACGGCCACCACAACACGGUCGGGUCGACUGGUGCGGACUCUCUUCCCCAAGAACGAGGUGAAAUCUCCCACGAAGAAAGCUGAGAUAAGCGACGACGAUUUCGUCAGUGAGGACGAAUACAAGAUAGCGAGUGCCGAAACCGAUAACGAAAGUAGUACCGAUAAUACAGAGGACGACGAUGAGUCGCCAAGACGUCCUCGAGCUUCGAGGAAAACAGCCGGCGCGAGGAAGGGCUCGAGACCCGCAUCGAUUGCCGAAAGGAGGGCCGCUCCGACCCCGUCGAUGCCGUCGAGGAAAGUCAAGUCGAAACAGCCACAAACCGACAUCGAGAAAGCUUUGAGCAAGCUCCACGUAUGCGCCGUUCCGGAUCAGCUCCCGUGUCGGGAAGAUCAAUUUGCAGAGAUUUAUGAUUUCGUGGAGGGCAAGCUCGCCGAUCAGGUGGGGUCUUGUAUGUAUAUUUCUGGGGUGCCCGGAACCGGAAAAACUGCUACGGUUCGAGAAGUAAUCAGAGCACUGCAAAAUGCGGAUGAUGUUCCGGAAUUCAAAUUCAUCGAAAUAAAUGGUAUGAAGCUUACGGAGCCAAACCAAGCUUACGUGCAGAUCUUGAGACAGCUCAACGGGAGGAGAGCCACAGCAGAGAAUGCUGCAGACAUCCUUACCGGUAUUUUCAAGAAGAAGCAGAAGUCGUCUGAUAACAUGAUCGUCCUCCUCGUCGACGAACUCGAUCUUUUGUGGACGCGGAAACAACAGGUACUGUACAAUAUUUUCGACUGGCCGACCCAUCCGAACUCGCGUUUGGUCGUCGUCGCGAUCGCCAACACGAUGGAUCUCCCCGAGAGGAUGGUCAUGAACAAAGUUGCCUCCAGGAUGGGCCUGAGUCGGAUGACUUUCCAGCCGUACACAUUCCAACAACUCCAAGAAAUUGUCAAAGCUCGCCUGAGCGGUCUGGAGCUCAUGGAUCCGGACGCUGUUCAGUUCAUCUCGCGGAAAGUUGCUGCCUUGUCAGGAGACGCUCGAAGAGCAUUGGACGUGUGUCGUCGUGCGGUGGAACUCUCCGGAACUUGUGACGAUAUACAAGCCUCGCCAAGCAAGAAAGCCAAGAAAUACAGCGUUCGGAUGGAGCACGUCAAUCGGGCUGUAAAGGAAAUGUUCACUUCGAGCAAAAUCGUGGCGAUGCAAGCUCUCAGCUUCCACGAGAAGCUCGUACUCCGGGCCAUCGUGGCCGAAUUCCGCCGCACCGGCGUCGAAGAAUGUGUUUUCCAUAACGUCAACGAUCAAUAUGCAAGUCUCGCAAGACUCGAGGGCGCUGCUCCAUUGAACACCUCGUUGCUUAGCAGAAUCCUCGCCAGGAUGGCAUCAUCGAGGCUCCUGAUAUUGAGUGAUCCAAGGAAUGAUUUCCAGCAGAAAAUCAGCUUGAACGCCACUGCUGACGAUGUCAACUUCGCUCUCCGCGAACAGGUUGAGUGCGAUGCAUGAACAAGG